AUGCCACAAGGCACCUACGGUCGACAGAAGUGCAAUUCUAAUCCUAAAGUCAAUGAAGAACUGAAACAAAGGCUGCCGUCCCCUGUAAAGCACCAUUGUUCAGAGACCACACCACAACUUGGGUCCACUUUUGGAGAAACCACCUCAGCUACAUCCCAGUGUCAGAGUAUAUCAAAAGCCCUGGAGGAAAAACUCUUACAAGUAUCUAAGAGUCCCAGACCCAGAGAAGGAGUGUUGCCCAAACCCCCUCCACCCCCACCUGUGCCUGUCCCGGCUCCAGCUGAAGUGAGGAUCAUGGAGGAGGAAAGACGAGCUCUACAGAGAGACGCGGCACUGCAUGAACAGGUCAUUAAUGAGACGGCCAGCAGUCCAGUCCACACACCUCACAUUAGCAGGACGGGCUCUGCUGCGCUCAGGCAUUCUCAUGAGGACCAGGGAAACUCCAAAGUUAUCGGUGACUCCAAAAAGCAAGUCCCAGUUCUGGAUAAAGAGAAAAACAUCGCCUUUCUCCUUAAGGAGCUGGAUUCCCUUAGAGAGCUCAAUAAAAAGCUCCAGGACAAGUUGGCACUGAAAGAGAAGGAGCUGGAAACCAAGCUGCUAGACUCUCAACUACAGGAGACUGAAAUGGAGGCACGGGCCAAUGAGAGAGCAGCAG